AUGGAAACGAUAAUACAGCUAAAAAGAAGAAGCAUAUUUAUCUUAGGUUGUUUUUUGGUUUACACCGUAACAGUUACGAGUCUUGGGCCACUGAAACCCACAGCGAUCGAUUAUGCCAUCUCGAGAAUUUCACAACGACAAAAAGAAGAAUUCGUGGACGAACAUAACAAAUAUCGCAGCUCAGUGGAUCCCCCAGCAGCUAACAUGGAAUAUAUGGUGAGAUAUUUACGCUUUAAACUUUCCAGAUUUAUCAGGUACGCCUGGUUUACAAUGAAUACCAAAAUCUCAAGUGCGUUACAAUGACUACUUUAAAGUGAAGUGCGAAUAACUCAAGUCAACUGCGCGCAAUACUUGUUCGGUUAUGUUGUACAGCUGAGCGUCCGUCAUUGGCCAGUAAUCUAAGUCCUGAAAUAAUUGUAGAAAAGAUUUGAAAACUAAACCUUUCUUAAGCUACCUCUCUUCAACCGGCCGCGAGCUGCUUUUGGCCAUCCCGACGAGAGUUCUCCCAUUGACGUCACCUCUAUUAAGUUGCGACCAGGCGCUUGAUACAGUUAGUUUGAAUUUAUUUUAAAAAUAUAAUGAAGGAAAAUGUAGUGCUAUAAGGUAAAGACUUAAUGCAACUCUCGCAGUGUGUUUGUGAUGUCUAUUCUCACUGGGAACCGUCACGCGCAAGCGCUCCCUGUGCCCUUGGGACCCGUGCAUUUAAAUUCCAGCGCAUCUGUGGAUCCGCGAAGAAACUCGUUGUGCAUAUAUUUGUGAGUUUAGUAUAAAUUGACCUGUUUUCAUACUGUUUAUUGCUCUUUUCUUUAAAACGGACACCAGACACCUAGUUUGUCGCCCCACCCACCUCCCCGUAGCGAUGGCACACUCUGGCGCUUUACCUCCCGCUCCUUCCAGCCUCCGGGCUCGCCUCUUCCCAUUCUCUUCCUUGGGGCGUUUGCGAGUGGGAGCUCCCGGUGGGAAAUUACCGUGAACGGAUGUUUCUGUUAAAGAUUAUGCUAAUUUAUGACGAACCUCUAUUGACUAUUUUCCAAUUCCCCAUAAUACACUCUGUCUGCCCCCAAAAUUUUACAUAACUUAUUGUCUUAAAAUGCUCUUGGGAAAAUGCAAUACUCUCAGGAGCAUUUAAAAACAAUGGUUUAUGCAAAAUUUGGGGAGCAAACAGAGUGUAUUAUGGGGAAUUGGAAAAUAGAGAAUUGAGCGGCAAUUGCGCGGCAAACCUGCAUUAAGCGGCCACAUGCCGAUACUCUUAGAAUGGCCUCUUUAUAGAGGUUCGACUGUACUGUCAGUCAAGUUACUUAGCUCUUAGGGUAUCGAUAGCAUUCUAUCUUGUAGUAUUAAAAAUGCAAGUUAUUUGUUUGUAUUAUAUUUUCGCCUUCUGCGUAGAGCUUGAUUGUAGAAUUUUGAUUUGUUAUCCUUUAUUUUCUUUUUGUUGUGCAUGGAAAUAAACUGAAGUAUUUACACUCAUUAAAUUAGUCCUUAACGUACACUAAGUAUCGAGCGUUUUUCAGUAAAACUGAAAGACGGAGCAAUUCAACACUUUCUGAGCGGGUGUGUUAGCGCUGUUGUAGUCAAUCAUCUUGAGGUUUCCUGCCAUGAACUAGUUAAACUCACAUAUUUACUUCUAACGGUAUGUAAACCUGAUAUUGCGAAGUCAAAUCAGUGACAUAGAAUGGAAAUCGUUCAAGGAAAAUGAAGAAAAACAAAGAGAUGGUUGAUAUGAUUACUAAACCUCGCUACUCAUGGAAUUAAGACCUGGGACUAAAGUGUGUUCGGAAAAUAUCAUUGAUUGGCAAUAUCGUCUGCUGGGACACCUACAACAGGAGGAAAUUGUGUCUCGUGAAUUCGUCUUGUGCCUUAAGUAAGUAUACUCAAGGCCGUCACGUGACAUAACACGUGAUCAAAGAUUAAAAACUUUGUAUGGUUAAAUAAAUUGGCGUUUCUGAUGGCGAUGUUUGGAAUGAACAUACGCGAAGAUGAAAAUUAUAGUUUUUUAAGACCAAGUUGUGGAAUGACCUUUUCUCUCAUAGUUUAAUUUUUUAUUGAAAAAAAAAAAAAUUAUAGACAGUCAUUCCAAACGAGAAAUGUAAGAAAUAUCUAAUAUGAAGAGAAGGUAAUGUUAUUAAUUGAUUUCUUCUCCAAACGUCAAUUAUUCAAGGUUCUCAGUAAAAAGACCACGCCACAUGUCAGGUGACGAACGUUAUACUUCAAAAUAUCCAAAAUACACCCAAUAAAUCGUUUUUCUUAUUAAAAACCCUUAGUCCCAGGCAUUACACUUCUUGAUUACCUGUCUCUUUGAAUUUCAUGUAGCAAUACUGUAGGGGUAUUGGCUGGCUUUUUCCUGCCUUAAUUUCUGAUAAUAUAAGGAUAUGAUAGACAGAUUUCUCAAACAGGCCACUUUUAGCUGAUUAACAGUUCUGUACUUUAAAACAGGUUUGGGAUGAUGAUCUAGGAAACUUGGCUCAAAUGUGGGCCAACAAAUGUACCUGGGAUCACGGAUUUUUAGAGUUUGGAGAUGUGUACCCUAAUGCUCCUUUUAAAGGACAAGUUGGUAUGUGAAAGAAUGGUGACAUUAGCACUAUGCGCUUUUUAAAUUAUAAUGUACCGAGGAGACUAAUGCAUUGAGGGCCAUACGCAGAUGUUACAGAACUAAUUUUCAGUUCACAUGCGACCCAACAAGCAUGAGGGGUAUUAAGACUUAACGAAAAUGGCGUUGAUCGUUAGAACCCUCUGUUAAAAAUUGGUUGAAGCAAAUUUUCCUUGCGGCGUGACCAAUCAGAAGCACUUCCCAGAUCUGAGUAGUGACACACCAUCAGUAUGAAACUUCUGCACUUGUUCUUAAGACUAGCGUCAUUUUGCGCUUCAACUUGUGUUGGCGUUGUGAAAUGUUUGUUUUCUCAGGCUAACUUUUUCUUUCCUUAGGACAAAAUCUCGCACGCGAGUGGGGCCGACUUCAUAUCCCCUCUAACAGGGUAAAACUCUGGUACACGGAGAGCAAGAAUUUUUCGUUCAGCAGGGUGUCAUCUUCCGAUGUCCGUAACCAGUGUUCAAAGCCUCCAUGCAAACGAUACACCCAAGUAAGUCCUCCGGCACCAAAAAUUGCAAAAGACAAAUUUAUUAUAAUUACUACUUCGGCGGAGCACGAAGUAAAGGAUUCACGCAGCUCAGGAAUUAAAAUAAGGUCCCGGAAUUAGUUCGAGAUACAGUAUCUUCGAGUUCUGUGCUUUAUUCUUUCACGCGAAGAAAUAAUCAUGAGCAGGAAAUAAUUAUUACUUUUGAGAGAAAUAAAAAAGGAAUAAUUAUUAUUUCUGGCUUGCUCAGGGUUUGAACCGGCUUACGUGUGACCCGUCAGAUCCGAUGAGGGAUUAGCCGAAUGCGCCACUGCGACGCAAAGAUUUGGUUAUUGCCCGCCCUUCGGUUUGUAGAUACUUAUCUUUGCCCCGUUAGAUCGAGGAGACGUGAUAAUAGUAGAAAAGUAAAAGAUGGUUGAUUCGGUUUGUAAUGUUUUUUUUUUUUUAAUUUGGGCGAGCAGCAAGUAAUAAUGUUUUGCUGCAGGACUCCGAACAGUCGGUGUGGGACGCAUUUUGCGCGCUCUAAAAUUAGAAAAAGGUAUGAAUUAGGCGCGCAAAUAAUACUGAGCUUGUUUUAAUAACGGUUUAAGAACGUUCUCUGUAAAGUAUUUCUGAAAUAAUAUUUUCUUGUUCAGAGCGCUGAGAAAAAAAAUACGAUACGAUCAAAAGUGAAACGGUUUUCUUGCUCAACCCGCAAAAUAUGCACUCCUGCGUUGUGUGCCGCAAUAAAUCUCACUUGUUAAUUUAUCAUGUCUGGUAGUAGUUACAUGUAAGAUAAGCAAACAGAAAACGUUUACGCCCCUAUGGUUUACUUGACAACGAGCGCCUCGUGGCGAAACUUUCCCCUCAGUACCCCAGUUAAAAUAGCAUCGCGUCAAGGCAUAAAAAACCUCUCUCCUCCCCCCUAAUAUUACAAAUUUGUCACGCCGAAGAUUAAACGAUCAUGCACAGACUGUUCGGUCUGUUUUCGGCAGCAACACCUAGGACAAAAGGGUAUUGUUUUGGUGAAUUGGACCCGGAACAAUAGACCAUUUCUUGAUACGUUAUUUUGGGCUUAUAGGAAACUGAUUGAAACGUCGUGCGCAAUUAAUAGUAUGACAGAAAUUAUUAUUGAAUAGGAUUACAGCCAUGGGGUCAUACACUUAGCAAACUUCUGGUGAAGGAGUUAAGACGUCUGUAACACAAAAGGAGAAACGUAAGGGCAUUUUUAUGGAAUGUAAUCCAUAAAAAUAUCAUUUCCCACUAUUCCUCCUCAUUCACAAUUAAUCCACAACCACGACGCCGAAUUAACGCCCCAUAGCAUCUUGUUGAAUGAGGUUUUUGUGAUAACGGGAAGAACCAAUGUGGAGGUAAUUGUUAAAACUUACCGAGACGUUAGGUACUUUCCCGAUUUCACGAAACUGAAUCUAAUACAUAACUGUUUUAUUAUACAAUGUUUUGAAGGACAUAGCGAAGAAACAGUAUAUCAUAGUUUAGUAAGUUAUCUGAUAGUAGAAAUGUGGUAUCUAGCUUAUCUGUAGAUUGCGAGGUUGCUCUGAUUCUCAAAAUUGACUGUACGCUGUCUUUACCAAUGAAAGGUAGAUAGUGAGUACAAUGUAUAAAAUAAGCUUUAUUUUGCUUUAAUAGCUAAACAUUUACUUUGAGACAUGCCACAAAGGACAUGCCACCGCCCAUUGGUAAUCGUCUCGUGCCACUUAUUUUACAAUCAAAUCGAGCAACAAGUUUUAACACAAGCAGCUACAAUAACAGCUUCUUAACAAAAAAAUACAGAUUAAAAUGUUAUAUUGGCAGGCGGAGUAAGGUAAGGGAUACAAUAUCUGGAAAGAAAAAAAAUAGUUUAAAGUUCUUGCCAAAACCUUUACAUAAUCUAAUAAGAUUGAGCCAGUUUUGUUCCUAACAUAGAGUGUUAUCAUUACUGUCCGAAUAACCAAACGUAUUCACUAGCUAAUUUUGAGUCGAUACCACUGACUUUUACUUGACGAUAAGCUUAUAUUGGAGAUACAAGACACAUUAAACUACAUUGACGUUUUACACUAAAAAUAACAAACAAUUCUAAAUGCGUGUAACAUAUUAAAGGAUAAAUACAAAUACUUUGAAAACAUAUGUUUGUCUAGAGAUUUGCAAUUGGUGAUUUCUCAUAACCCGAUUUAAAUUUUGUUCAAUUUCUUUGCUCAGAUAAAUAUAUUAAAUCCUCAAUUGAUGAAUGAAACCUAAUUGGUCCAGGGUUUGCUUCGGUCCCCCUCAAAUUGUGUGAUUCAGAUUCAUUACUAGACAUUGAUUCGUUACAUACCGAUUUGACAUGUUUUUCUGCGCUUGAUACAAGUUGCAUCAUUUGGCCUUCUGAUUGGCAAUUAAACUACCUGAGAGUCAUUUUUUUGUCACAGUGGUUGGUCAAGGCAAUGCAAUACCAGUAGUCAGCUAUUCAACCUGGGUGCAUCUUUUCCUAUCAAUAUACGAGCUUAGUUCCAAAGCUCCAAUGGGAUGGGUGUUGGAGGGACGGGGGGGAGGUGUGGUUGCUGGGGUAACAGCAUUUGGCUAGCAAGUCAGUGUGUUCAAAUCUUCUUCUUGCUUACACUCCUUUUUUAAAUUUUUUUUUUUUUACCGAACAAGGGGUAAAACAAAUUUGGAGGAAAAACUAGCACCAUGGAGUAGCUGGAAGAAAAUUAAUUAUAAUUGUAAAUUAAAGAGGGUAAUUAGCAUUUUGCAAGCGCCUUUAAUUCACCUUGGUAAAUACUGACAAAAAGGCCGUUAAAGGACAGUUAUACAUGUACAUGUUUAGUUAAGGUAAAAAAACCACUGCAAAAACCGUGUACGAACAAUCUUGCUCGAUGUCGGAUCCAAAAAGAUCGUGAUCAGUCAAAAUAGAUAAAAUUGAAAACGUUACAGUCAAGAAGACUUUUGCAGGGACUGAUCAAACAACGUGAAAUAGAGUUAAGUUGCGACAUUUCGACUGGCCAAUACCAGUCUUCAUCAGGUUUAUUGAGAUAUCACAAAUUUACAGAAAUAUAUAUGAAGUAAAAUAAUGAUCGGAAAUUACGCAAUAUGACUUGGUAUGGUGUGGCUACUUAAAAAGACAAGAUAACAAAAAAUAAAUGUUUAUGAUAAUAAAUAAAUAAACAAAUAAAUAAAGGAAACGUAAUUGGGGAUUUUAAGUAAUCAUUAAGAUAAUAACGAAGGCAUAUUACACUGAAGUCUCCAUUUGGUUAUCAUCUUUAGGUGGCUCAAACGCAUGCGUAGUUAAUGACAAAAGUCGGUCAUUAUUGUGUUUGGGGCGUGGAUAGCGCAUGCAUUUCAUGCGGCUCAUAAUCUCCUCGGGUUGAUGACGCAGUAGAACAAACUGACCCCAAGCAUUGUUAUUCACCUCAGCCUCGUUCCUACCCUCGUUCCUACUGGACAGGAGGGCGCGCACAAUCUCCACACCUGCUGCUUGAAAACUAGAAAACGAAGUAAAAGGACACUUGAUAAUUAUCAGAGCAUUUUUUCACUGAGUUAUUGAAUGUUUUCCUUGAAUAGAAAGCUUUCUGGUUGAAUCAGUAAAUAAAGAAUAAAGACUAAAAUGUGGAAGCUUGCAAUGAUUUGUGUCAUGUUCAUUUCAACUGCAUUGGUUAAAUUUUAUUUCCUUUUGUUUUGCGGUUAUUUAAAUGCACGAUUAUGAGCUUUAAAUAUAGUAAAUAACAAAAUUUGAGCCAAAGAACAAACUCGGAUCGGAAUCACAACACAAAGAAUAUUUCCUCUGGAAUCAAAGCAAAAAAGAGAGAGAUUUUGUAUUACUCACCGUUUGCUUAGAAGAAUGCAGAUUAAUGGAAGAUAGACGUAGCUGGCCUUGGCAAACAUCCCAGGAAUGAAAGUCUUUUCGCCUUCAAGCAUCUCUGAACCACCAAACACCGUUAACAGCGUGCAUACACAGUAGGGCAUCCAUCCCCCAAAGAAAGCAAUGAUACCGAUGGAUGUCAAAAUGACUGUUUUCUUUUCUUUCGGUAUGUUCCUCUUCACCAACGCAUCUACAUCCGGAUCUUGUCUCGAUGUCCGGUACAUCUUGGAAAAAUAGGCAAUGGAAAAUCCCAAAGGUAUGAGGAAUGCUGCAGAUACCAGCAGUGAUAAGUAGGAUCGUGCGGAGAUGCUGCUCUCUCUCCAGUUUGGGGCACAGAUGAUGCCACCAGAUUCGGGCUCAAAUGAGCCCCAUCCAAAAACUGGUGGGAGACCAACCGCAAUGGCGUAAAGCCAAACGGCCGUCAGCUUCUUUAUGAUACUGUCAUACUGCCAGCUAUCCCGAGGCCGCUCGUCUGGAGUCCCGGCUAGUGCCUCGUCACACAUGUUGAGGUAGACUGCACGGACUGCUAAGGCCAAAGUAACACCUGUAGUGAUCCACCAUACUCCGGUCAAGAACCCGCCAACCUUAAAAAAAAUAAAGGUUUUUUUUAGAAUUGUCACACUUUAUAACCCUAGUUCUGCAGUAUUGGGCCGGUAAUCCAGCAACAUGCACAUGAAGCCAUACACAGCCACAGCUGUUUCGUUCUUGUUAGCAUGAUAUUUCGCUUUCGCCGAGCGCUAAACCCUCGUGGUAUUCUUUCUCCGGUAAAACAAAACAAAACAAGUAAACAAACAAACCAACAAACAAAUAAACAACAAAAGAAAGAAAAAGACUGGAUUUUCUUGAUCUAUUGUGACUUGCCAUUAAUUUUUCCCAUAUUUUUAAUUGUCUAUAUUUUGUACGAUUCUAAAGUUAAAACCUGUCUAAUCUCGCUAUUUUUGCCAGACACCUAGUCAGUGACAAUGACAUGCGUUUUAAACGUUGGAAUUGUGCUGCUACUCAGUGCAAUAUGGCACGGAAUAGGAAGUCUAAGGACGCAGACGACGAAUCUUUUGAUAGUAAAGAAAGCCCAAGAAUAGGUUGCGUUCUCUCAACGUCAAAUGCCAAUAUCAAAAACACUUUCAAGCUGAUGGCUUGAAUAAGCAUUUUUUAAAAUAAAAAAAUUAUGGUUUCGUCCAAGGCAGAGAAAACGACGAAUGACAUAUAUUUUCUUCUGUAAAGAGUUAUGAAGUCUACCAGACCAGCAGUAAAAAUUAAAGGCCAAUUCAUUUGUUCCUUAAUUGUUUAGUCUAGUAGCCUCUUAGCUGUACAAAAGAAAUCUACUCGCAUGCUUGCUUGAGGCCUGCGGGGCAGGCGCGGAAAGGUUUGAAAAGAACGGAGGGGGGAAUUCGGUCAGGCGAGAGCUCAAGGGGCGCAGGAGGCAACUUACAGGGCCUUACCUUAUGUUACAUAUGACGUUGUUAUUUUCUCGAAAUCAUGGCAACCAAUUUUGCAAAAGGAUAGACGAACGCUACCAUGAGAGAAGAGGGCGAAAUUUGUUGGGGAGAGCUGGGUGGGAGGGGGAAUUAUUGCGACCUUCAUUCUACUCUUAGUAACAGGAUACGUGAUGUUAAAAUUUAAAAUACGGCGAUCAAAUGUUUUCAAAUUGUAUUUGUUCAUUUCCUAUAAAAGUUCUAUUUAAAAUUCCUGCCCAGCUAGGGCACGAAUUAAUUGAAGAAUUUCUUGAAGAUUUCGCACACUUUUUUUUAGUGACAUAAACGAGACAGGGUCAAACAAAACCUUCUCCAACGCGAAAACUCCCUCACUCUAUUUUUAAAAAAGCAAAUUCAAUCGUCUUCUUUUCAUGGAAAGUCAGUCUUUGCAAAACGUGGAGUCGGCCCUAUGUUAUAGAAAAUUCCAACAGUGAUCCCUAGCUUUCUGUCGACCAAACAAUAUUCCAAAAAGAACUUUAUCAGGACCGAGUAUCCAGUUUCGAUUUUUUACUGGUGUUGUGUUCGAAAGCAGCUGUCAUGAACCAUGAUACUAUAUAUCUUAGUUUGAAAAACUGAUGAUUAUUUUAUACCUGGCAAUAUGCGAUACCGACCAGCUGUUUCUGAAACCACGCUGACGCGACAAGGGGUGGCAGGUCAGCUACUAUGACCAUGAGAUUGCCAAGCACCACGCUAAGAAAAUACGGAGUCAGGUCGAAUUGUCGAAACGAGGGCCUCGUCAGCAUGAAGAGCGAGAGGGUUUGAAGAACGCAGCCCAUAACUGCUAACACGGCCAUACACGAGGCAAGAGUGGGGUAGACCGGCGCUAAUACAGUCGGAUAGUACAUUAGAUACACUCUGAUACUAUGUACUUGCUACUUCAAUUGUUGUUGAAAUAUUGUAAAGCGUCGAAAGGGGAGAUGUAGGCGAAAUAUCUUGUUUUGUUGUUGUUUGUCCUUUCAUUGCUCUGAUUAAAAGGCGGCCGCCUCCCUUUCAGUGACGUCAUAGGUUGUAUAAUUAACCAGGUUUGCGCACAAGAAAUACACUGGAAUAUAGUGAAAACAAUUAGAAAUAUACAAAUAAGUAAACUUCAAUGUGACCUUGUGUUUUUCGUUUUGAAAAGAUUUUUGCAGUUGAAUUAUUACUUUAAAAAUGAAUAAAAUUUUAGCACCAAGCAUAAAACUAACCUAUAAACUAGGAUAAUUCUUUCAUAGAAGAGUCCUCUUUGACGUAACUUACUAUUUUUUUUUCCAUUAGCUGCAUAGUAGUUCUAGCUUAUUGUUAAGUGAGUUGUUUCCGAAGUCAGUUCUUGACGCCAAGAAUGAUGAUAAUAAAACAAGAAAACAAGCCACCGUAAUAAAAAUUUCUAAAAGACCUUAAUUACAUAAAAUGAUAUCAUUAUCAAGUGAUACCAUUUUCAGAUCGAUGUUGGUGUUUUGACUUUGAUUUUGUAAUUUUUUUUAAUCAAAAUAAUUUAUUGAUUCAUUACACCUGUCUGUUGGAAAACUUAAAAUUAGCCGCAAAGUCAGUUUCGCAAGGGAACUGGAUUGAAGAUACUGUAAAAAGUUUCGAGGCAAAAUUACUUACUUUCAGGCAAUAACCAUACAAAUCAUAAUAUGUCGGUUGAAAUUAUUUAUAUAGCUUUCAGUUUGGUCAUGACUGCGAAAACGUUCAAGUUAUUGCUAAUCGCGAAUGACACUUAAGCUUGAUCAUUCCUGCAGUUCAGUUUCAAGGUACACGCACUGAUCACGGUGUGAGUGUCUUACUAACUCAGUGAGCUUUUACCCAUAUCACUUAAAGUUUAUGUCCGAUCGGAAAACCCGUUUGAGCUGGGUUGUAAAGCAAUAGUAAGAACCAAUUUCUUUCUACAGCUUGUAUGGGCCUCGACCAAAUAUGUGGGGUGUGGCUUUUCAUUCUGUGACAAGACAUUUGGUAAGCCUCACCCAUGGGUCAAAGGAGAAACUGAAGUGGUCUGCAACUAUGCUCCUGGGUAAGUAAGGUGAUUGUUAUCACAUAGUCGAUCCCCCGAAUGCCCUGACUAUGCGCUUUUGUUAGAGACUUUUAUUGCCCUCCUGUGCAUUGCCAUAUACAUGUGUUGGGAUCUACUUCAACAUCAGAAAAAUCUUUUAUAGAACUAUGAAUUUGAGUUACGAGUUAUCGUCUUCGUAUAUAGCCCAGGAAAUGGUCUAAAAAAUUCAGUACAACUUGUCUUUUAUUUUAGUUGUCCCCCAGCAUUUUUUAGCUCUCCGAACAAACUAUGCUUCGUAACCAUAUACUUUGAAAUCAAUAACUGACCCACAUUCUCAAUAAUUAAAAAUUCGGUUCGCCGAAAAAACAAAACAAAACAAAACAAACAAAAAUUAGCCUGUGCAGUGGAAUUCCGUUCUACGUACUUCUUGUUUGUACGGCCACUUAAAUUUGUGCUUGAUGACAUUCCUAAUUUUUUUUUAACCCAGUUAAAACGCGGUCAUUCUUAGUGGUCUAUGGCGACAUUGUGAAAUCCAACGUAUACCGACAAGCAUUAUUAUCCUCGUUAAAAGCCCACUUAAACCAAAAACGCAGUGUAUAAUAAUGGACAGAUAAUCAACAACCAAAAAUAAUCUUGAGUAACAAGGAUGGUUUAAUUUGUUUCUUGACUGAAAUUAACUGUGUACUGUCAUAUUCUUCAUUAUGAUUUCUACAGUAAUACAGUUAAUUUUCUUGGGUGUCCACUUAUGUGGGGUCCGCUUAAUAAUCUGCAAAUUGCUAACUUCUGGAUUGACUUUUUAAGAGGUAACGUAAUUGAUCACUUUCCUUAUGAAGUUGGAAAGCCAUGUUCCAAAUGUGCUUCAGGAAACGGAUUCUGCUACAAAAAUCUCUGCAGUAAGUAUAUAGCUUUUAUGAGCUUUUGAUCUAAGGCAUAAAUCUUUGUUGCAUUUACCAACCAACGACCUUCCAUCCAUGAUUAAAAACCUGAAACGUUUCUUCCCAUCGGCUGAAUUCCAAAAAAUAGUUUUCCAGGUUUGUUAUUUUUAGUAAUAUUCCUGUUGCCGUUGAAAUUUUUUCUGUCGUUUAUUGCUACGGAUGGCAAGGAUAGACAUGGAUUGAAAUGUCAAAAAAUUGGGUCAACAAUUUCAACCUUGAAUCUAUGCCUGCAAAAUCACCAAAAGGAUAGUAAUGGUUGGAUGAUGAAAUUUGAAAUAUUAGUUCUUAAAAAUUGUUUUCUAGGAACUAAACCACUCGUAGAUUUCAACCUUGAAUCUAUGGCGUAUUUUCCGUAUGUCACCUUUGUGAGUGUCAAAAUCGUUCAAUGAGGUCUCGAUUCCCGCCUUUUGCUUUUGUUGAAAAUAUAUAUUACGUUGUAAUGAAUUUAGUGUUCGAGUGGCAAGAACAAUAUCUGAUGCGAAGCGAAAUUUGUUCUUGCCACUGAACACAAAUUCAUAUCUUCAUAUUAGUUCAUAUCCUAUAUAUCCGUGUCAUAAUUCUACUACGGGAGCAUUUUUUUAAAGUAAGUAAAGGUAGUCUAUGUUAGUAAAUAAACGCUGGGGAACGUGUUUGCUCUCCUAGGGGACUGUAAUGAUUUUGACCCAGAAUGUGGCAAGUCUCUGACAAGGGAAAUGUGUUCUGCGUUUAAGGAGGCGAUGGCCAAGAGAUGCCCAAAAAUGUGCAACUUGUGUGGUAAGUGUAAAAAAAACCAACAACAACAAAACAAUUAAGGCAUCAAGUCAAAGCAAUUCAAUACUAUAAAAUCGUAAGGAAAAUGUCUUUUGUAAUUGACCACUCCAGAAAAUACCAUAACAUACCAUAAUACUCUUUGUUUGUCAUCCCAAAAUUUUGCAUAAGCAUUGUCUUCAGUUUCUCUUGGGAGUUGAAAAGGCCCCAAGAGAAACUGAAGACAAUGCUUAUGCAAAAUUUUGGGAUGACAAACAAAGAGUAUUAUGGUAUGUUAUGGUAUUUUCUGGAGUGGUCAAUUUAAUUCGAUUGUAGUCGAUCCCCUUCACAGUUCCUUUCAUCCCGUUCUGUUGACUUUUUUUCUCGUUCUCCUUUCUUUCCGCUGUCCCCACUAUUUGAACGUGCGGAACAGGCUAAUUAAAAUAUUGGGGCAAAGCUGUGAUUUUAGCUCGCGCGCACGAAGCGUCUGUUAGCGGAGCCUCAUACCAAAGAAAACUGUGCUAUCCAUCCGAGAAAUUUUGGUAAUCACGUAGACCGUACGUCCUUCCGUACGUCCUCACCACAGGGCAACCAAUGUGAAAUGUCAAACUCUCUAGCUGUGUGGGAGCCUGUAACCUGUGUUUAACUUGAUAAUAGACAUCGAUAUUAUGGUCAAUUGACAGCUGUCGAAACAGGGUAUCCGCUGACCAGAGCCACCUGACCGUAUCGUGGACUCAGGUGCAAUCUCAUCGAGGUCAGGUGUUGUUUUUGAAGUUUUCCGCUUACCAGCUGUUAACUUUUAAUUGAUCGCGGGCUCUAGUUUAUGUUUUUCAGUCCAGUAUGGUUCUCCACUAAAGUUAAGUACAGAUUUGUGGAUUUCUUUGCAAUGGUUUCAAGUCCAUCGUCUGAAGUAAAUCAAAAAUGCGUAAACAGGAGCUCCACUUUUAGCUCUGGCUAAAUCUAUAGAUUAUUGGAAUUUUGAAGAUCGUCAGGAUCGAGCACUUACCGGUAAGGAAGGCCAUCUUGGUUUUAUAUGUACCGAGAGGGCGGGCGUCGGGGUUUAAAGCGAAGGUCCCCCUGGAAUGAUUUUUUAAAAUUGUAUUGGGAUAUUCAUUUUCUGGAAGUGUGAUUUGAAGAAAUUCUUAUCAAGCAAAACCCACGGUCCUAAACCAAUACGUUACUGUUUAGAAUGUCCCCUGCAAUGUCAAAAUGGUGGUAAACUCAAUCGACUAACGUGUACAUGUGAAUGCUUGUCUGGUUGGAUUGGAUUGGACUGUUCAGGUUAGUGACGUCCGCAGUUCCAUUUCUCCACUAUUAAUCAUAUUUGUAUAAUAUCAAGAUCUAUAUCUUUGGGCGCCUCAAAAUAAUCUAGUAUAAUGGCUGUGUUUUGGAUUUAAGAGUUUUUGCUACACAAACAGUUACGUAGCUUUUUAACUCUUCUGUUACAUGAUAUUUAUUAAAAUCAAGUAUAUUUUAGUGACACAGUGCCAUGGUACACGUGUACUUUGAUUCUGGAAGAACGACUGUAAUAUUUGCUACGACGGAUGAAACCCCCUCUCCGAAACGUUUCGUCUGAAACUGAACUUAGCAAUUUUAGCCAACCCUUUUUAAACGUCUCAGUGACCUCAACACUGAAAGUGCUUCAUGUCAUCUGCAAUUAUUUACUUCUAAGAACUAUACUUGACCAUUUAUGGCUCUUGACUUGACCAAGUUAAGGGUGCUUGUAAAUUUGUGAUAAAAAAAUAUUUUAUUUCACAGAAAAAAAAAACAAAGGCGGCAAAUUUAAUGUACAUUUUUCCCAAGGACGCAGAAUUUCAUGUUGGUAUUCUGCCUUAAUGCUUCGCGGUAAUUGUUCAUAAGGGAGAAGAACUGGAAGGAGAAAUUAUUGGCCCAGUUCGGGUUCCUAUAGGCCUACCAAGGAGUUAAAGACUUUAUUUUAUGUGAUCUCUUACCGGGUUUAUAUCACUAACUUUGAACCACUUAAAAUUCUUGUUAUAUAUAGUUCAAUGCGUUGACAAGGCUGGCCAGGAGGUGUGUCACUUGAGAAUUAGUAAUGGACACCAGUGCCGUGCACCAUACAUGAAACACGAGUGUGCCACCACAUGCAGAGUGUGCGGUAGGUUAGAGGCCUCUUAAGAAAAUUGAGCAUGUUGAAAACUGUUUUCUUAAUUAAUAUUCAAUAAAUCAGUUUAUUCUCAAGAAGAUCAUUGAGUUGCUAAUUGAAGCCUGGUCUUAAUUUAUUUAACUCACUUACCAGAUCUUGCCAUGGGUAAAUUAUUUAUUCCUGAUUAUUUCCUGAUUUUCUAAAAGGAAACACACCGGCGACCAAUCCCGUAUUCGGCUUUAACAACGCGACUUCAAAACCACCAGUAUUUCAACAAUUGUCGCCGACACUGGCUGAUCUUCCAAACAGGCUGCCAAACCAUGGAGAACUUCAAACGUCAGCAAUCCCGUCCUCUGAUUUACCUUUUAUGCAGUCUGUGAGUCACUCUGAAAAGAUUUCCAAUAAAACGUCAAGCUUUCCACCUAACUCGCCAUCUUCGAGUCCCUUCAAUGUGAAGUCUGUAGAGGCAGAGCAGGCAAAGGAGACUUUUAAGUACAUGUCGUCCAAGAUAAAAUCCUCUGGGAAGGAGCAGGUUGUAAGUAAGUUGGGAAGAAAGUAAAGACUGCAAACAUUAAUUAAAACAAGGAAAAAGUCCCCGGAAAACUAUCGCCAGGCAUUUUAUGAUCAUGUCAAAUGAGCACAUGGAAUUCUUCCAGAUUUCCAAUGUGAUCUAAUACUUAACAAAGCCGCGUUUUCUUAUCAUCUAUCAAAUGUCUCGUAAUGAAUUCCUGCCCUUUAAUUGCUCUCUUUGCCACUCUUUUGAUCUGAUUUUAAUUUGUGUUAAAUUUCAAGCGCGUUGGCGUUUAUCCACUCUAUGAAAUACUUCGACAAAAAUAUAAUAAUAAUAAUAAUCAGAUAAUAUUAUUAAUUUUUCAGAGUGCAAAGACGAUGAUCCAAAAUGCAGAAUGUGGUCAGUUCUCGGGAUAUGUAAAAAGAAGACGCCGACAUGGCUAAAAAAGCACUGCAGCUGUGGAAUGUGCAACCAAUCGCAAGUUGAUAACAGGAUGGGUAAGUUUAUAUCAGGAAAAUUCGCAGCUGUUGUUUUUGCUUGCUAUUUCUGGCCGAUUUUUUUCUGAGUUAAUUUGAAUCAUACGUUUAAACGCUUAUACAAUUACAAGUGUACAAUUAAACUCCAAGGGCCAAAUUUUUAAACGUGGCAUUCUUCUGAUUGGUCGUGCCGCGUGGGAAAUUUGAUUCAACCAAUCAGAAGCACCAUCCAGAUUUGGGUAGUGAUGCGUCAUCAGUAUGGAAUUUCAGUGCUUGUUUCUCAGACGUCAUUUGGCAGGAAAACCAGUGGUAGCGUCGCCAAAUGUUGGUUUUUUUCUAAGGCUACGUGUACGCCCCAGGGUUAACUUCUCAACUUCGGUCAAGAUUGCGGUCUUGAGCAAAUUUACCUCAACUCCAAAGAGCUAUUAAAACGCCAAAUAACAGCAACGACAAAAUAUAAAAGAAGCACUAGCCACAGCUAGCAAUGCUAUUGAAGGCGUGACAGUGCUUGCAAAAUAAGAAAUUAAGAUUAAGGCUAGCUGACGAAAGUUUACAGUUUACAAACAAAUGAAAGAAAAAUCGUUGGUUGACUGACUAGAUACUCACCAUAGAGAGUAAAGAAUAAAACAAACAACAAUUUACAAGAGUAAAAAGGAGUAAGCAAGAAUAUAUUUUUCCACAUUUUUAAAGCUAUUUACACUAACAAAACUCACGUUUUUUUUUUUUAAUUUUAGAAUUAUGCAUGGAUAACAACGUCAAAUGUCCAUUUUGGGCUUCGAAUGGUGAAUGUAGUAGAGACCGAGUGUGGAUGUUGACAAACUGUAGGAGAAGCUGUAAUCAGUGUGGAGGUAGGAAAUGGAAUCAGCCCUGUAUCACUUAGCUCUUAUCCUCAUCGUUACCUCUUUCUUUCUACACUAAGGCCCUAUUCAAAUCUCGUAUUUCAAAUGUGCCGAGUACUAGUAUUAGUGUUUUCGUCGGCUUUGGCUUGAAUGGCGCACAAGGCACCUAUUGCUAUUAAAAAAAGUUUCUUCUUUUAGUUUGCAAGGACGCUUGGCCUGAUUGUGCCGAGGUGGCUUUACAAGACAGCUGCACUGUGGGCAACUCGACACAGUUCAUGUUAACACACUGUCGUCAAAGUUGUGGUUUGUGCCAAGGUAAGGUGAAUCAAACAGACAGUAGUUUUUUAGUGUUUGUUUAACAAAUAGGCGGAUUCCAUCACAGUUGACCUCAACGCGUCGAAUCAAUCAACUGGAUCAGACCAAAAACGAGUUUUAGUCGAACGAGGCUAAAUAUACGUUAUACAUAUUUUUAAUUUCCCUUACUAGUUUAGUUUGUCGCAUGUGAAGAUCGACGUUUGUUCCGGAGACGAUCCUUACGAUCGUCAGACGUUCUCUCCGUCUGAAGCACACGGACAGAACGUGUUGGACGAUCCAAACACAUUCAGAUGAACUUAACUGAGCCAGACGUCGAACUCUUCACGAAAUGUAAAUCUCUAAGCUUGGUUGGUCUCAUGAAAAGCCUGGGCCUCAAGUUGGUCUGAAUGAGUUUGGAUCUUCUGAAGAUCGUCCCCGGGACAAACGUUGAUCUUGACAUGCGACGAACUAAAGCUGUAAUAAAUUAAAAUUUUGUAUGAUAAUGUAAUACAUAUUUAUGCUUGUUCGGGAGAAAAUGAUUCUAUUACUGAUCUGAUUCAGUUGAUUGGUUGGACGAGUCCUAAGUUCGACGUGCGACCCAACAGACGAUCUUAACUUAUGUAGGUUGACCCAAAUUAAAGUCUGGUUCGAUGUUUGUCUCAUGAAAUUAAAAGAGGCCUUAGUGGUUUGAUUUAAGAAAAUAAGAGCUUUUUCAGUCUACGAUAUAUAAAGUAAGGUAAACCCGCACAGAAGCCAAAGGCCCACACGGCCGGAGCUUACACCGGUUUCCGUAGCAUGAAGCAUGCCUAGGAGUAUUGCUACUCCCCCCUGCAGUAUGUCGCCGUUACCCAUUUUUACACCUGGGUGAGGAGGAGCAAAGUGGAGUAAAGUUCCUUGUCUAAGGAAACAACGCAACGGGCGAGGCUUGAGCGCCCGACCUCCGGCCACAUCCAGAGUUCGAGGUGUUAGCCGCUGGGCCACACACGCCUCCAGUCUACACUAUAUGCUUUAUUGAAAUUGUUCACGAUAAAUAAUGUUACGAUAAAAGCGUUGGACAAACUGAAAAUGGCUUGGAGCGCGGUUUUGUGGAACACGGGCUAAACUCCGUUUAAAUAACUGGCCAUAAAAGUUUACAUAAGGUUUUUUCGUUUACAUUUUGCUAUUAGCGUAUGACAUCUAUGACCAUUGUCCAGCAUGGGCGGCGCAAGGUAAUUGCAAGAACUCAAACUGGACGUGGAUGAGAGACAAUUGCCCACUGAGCUGCGGAAUACCACGUGAGUCCCUUUGCUAUACUAGUAGAUUCAUUCUUCCUUUGUAACUAGGUGGUAUUUUCGUAGGAUCCUGCUCGUGUGCUCAGACGAGAGAUAAAACUCAAAAUUUGCACGAUGGCAUCAUUUUAUAGACAAUCCCAGCGAGGUUUAAAUGGCAAAACUCCUAAUUUGCACAAGAAAGCAAAACCCUGAAGGAUUCUGGUCGAAGUAGUGACGUCAUCGUACAAAUGGCCUAUUAUAAUCUUAUCUAUCUGAAAUCGUGCAUUUGAACUACGCAUGUUCGUUGUAAAUCUGAGUUUUAACGACCUGUUUCUUAAAUUGAGCUUCACUUUUGGAUUUGUCUGUGAUUGCUUGACGCAAUGCUUGAUACCGUAAUUAAUAAAUUAAUUAACUGAUCUAAUAUAUUUGCACACAGUUACUGAAGUUCAGUACUGCUGGGACAAGAAAGAUGGAAACUAUCCAAUACCUGGGAUUUGUACAGGUUAUGUGUUAUGUUCAGGACGACUUACCCGUCACGUGGUAUGUCCAGCUGGAACACUCUUCAAUGCAGUUAAGAUGAUCUGUGAACUGCCACAGAACAUCGCCUGCUUGUCUGACAGACCGAUGAGGGGAAAAAGAUCC